AUUUCUUCUGUUUCUUCCCCCCAAGAAAGACAACUGUGCACAGCUAGCUUGCUUACAAAUACAAUGAUGUCUACAACAAUGGCGGGCGGUCUAACCGACGAACAGAUUGUGGAGUUCAAAGAAGCCUUCUGCCUCUUCGACAAGGACGGAGACGGUUGCAUUACGAUUGAGGAGCUGGCGACAGUAAUCCGGUCGUUGGAUCAAAACCCGACGGGGAAGAGCUUCACGACAUGAUCACGGAGGUCGACGCCGACGGCAACGGCACCAUCGAGUUCGCCGAGUUCUUGACCCUCAUGGCCAAGAAAAUCAAGGAGACAGAUGCAGAGGAGGAACUCAAAGAGGCCUUCAAAGUGUUUGACAAGGACCAAAAUGGCUACAUCUCCGCCACUGAGUUGAGGCAUGUCAUGAUCAACUUAGGAGAGAAGCUGACCGACGAAGAAGUGGAACAGAUGAUCAAGGAGGCGGACUUAGACGGCGAUGGUCAAGUCAACUACGAUGAAUUCGUCAAGAUGAUGUCCACUAUGACAUGAUAUUGAUUUUCCCCCCUUAAUUGAUAUGAUUGGCUAGAUAGCUCGAAUUCUAUUGGGUAUUGUACGUAGUGCAUAAUAUGUUUUGUUGUUUAGUGUUGUCGUCAGAUUCUUGCAAUGUAACAUCGGUUACAAAUUGUAGGGAGGAUGUUCAAACCGUACAAGUAGCUAGAUUAAUCCUCCGGUCGAGCAAAGACGA